GCCUCAUGAUUGGACCAUCCAUCCAAAACCACCACUGCUCCGUACUUUCUUUUUAUCAUUCAUCACUUUCCCCCAUUCAUUCAACAAUGCUCUGGAAAUCUCUCUCAGUUAUAACACUAUCACUUAUAACUGUCAUAACCGGAGCUCCACAACAGCGGCCAUUUAUGCUUCCAGAAGAAGCUCAUGGCCAAGUAUGGUCAUUGUGCGGCGAUUCGUCAUCGCACUUACUCCGGUCAUACAAAGGAGGAGUAUCAGUCAUCCCGGAAUAUCCAAAAGUUGGAGAGGACAUUCAAGUCAUUGUCAACGGAUACUUGGAUUCCGACGUCCAGGGUGGUAAUAUUGGAGUAGAUUUGAAGUUGUUGUCAUUGAUCAAAGUUAACAAGCAGUUAGACCUUUGUGGAGCCUUGAACUCAGAUAUUAUGGGUUAUCAAGACUGUCCACUAAAAGCUGGUGAGCUUACACUUAAGGCACACGCUUAUAUUCCCAAAGAUGUCCCAAAGCUUCCGCUGAACGGCGAUAUCCACAUCACUGACCAAAAUGGCAACACCGUCACCUGUAUUCACCUCGAUUUUAAACUACAAUGAUAUAUUUAACAGGGAUUCUAACAUCCUUUUGUAAUUAUGAAAUAAAUGUCUGUACAUGCUCUAAACCAAGUUUUCAGUAACUCAUUCCAACAGGUUGAGUAAUGGCAAACUUUUGCUCCACUUUAAGGACGCUAGUGACGACGCGGAACUUGGCCCGCA